AUGAAGUUUGCGGUCGCCAUAACAACCGUAUUGUAUGUCGCAGAGGUUGACGACUGCAAGGAGGAGUCGUGCCUCAACGGCGGAGGCUGCAUAGAUGCGCAUCGUGGCUUUAGCUGCGACUGUGUGGGAACGGGCUUCACCGGACCACACUGCGAGACAGGUAUACGGUGUAACUGUGACGCGGAUCUACGGCGAUGGGAGGAAGAUUCUGGCUUCAUCACUCAGUCCCACCUUCUUCCCGUCACCAGGCUGAGAUUCGGAGACACUGGUGGUUUGUUUGCCGGACUCAACGAGGAAGGCUACCACUUUCUCGGACCUCUGGAGUGUUAUGAGGGAAACCGCUCGAGACUGUAUGAGGUUCCGCCAACGUGCGUCGAUACGGAAGAUCCUAGAUCUAUCGACCACUGCAGCACCAGUCCCUGCAGCGCGGGACAGUGCAUCCGCCUGGAUAGAGAUUACGAAUGCGACUGCACCAACACCGGAUUCCAGGGGCUAAACUGCAUGGAAGACAUCGAUGAAUGCCAAUCGUCACCGUGUCACAACAACGGUCUCUGUGUGGACCGCAUCAACGGAUACGUGUGCGUCUGCGUGGCCGGCUACCGGGGCGACGACUGCGAGAUUGAUAUCGAUGAAUGUAUAUCCUCACCAUGCAUGAACAAUGGGUCCUGCAUAGACAACGUCAACUACUACACUUGCAAUUGUCAGCCAGGAUUCACAGGAUAUAACUGUGAAAUAGACAUAGACGACUGUGCGAGCGGCCCGUGUCUGAACAACGCCCCUUGUGACGACCGCAUCGACAGUUUCGUCUGCCAUUGCGCGCGUGGGUUCACCGGAGACGUUUGUGAGACAGAUAUAGAUGAAUGCGCCUCCAUACCCUGUCACAAUGGCGCCACGUGUAGUGAUCACAUUGAUGGCUACACGUGUACCUGCGCUUCAGGGUACACUGAUCCAGCAUGCGCUACAGACGUGGAUGAAUGCCAGUCGGACCCGUGUCGCCACGGUGCGGUGUGUAGCGACCACGUAGAUCACUACAGUUGUGUGUGCAUGCCUGGCUACACGGGAUACAACUGUGAGACAGACGUGGACGAGUGCGGCUCGGCACCCUGUCAGCACGGCGCCGUCUGCGAGGAUCGCGUGAAUGCAUACGUGUGCGCAUGCGCGGAUGGCUACGCCGGCGACAGCUGUGAACACGACAUAUACGAGUGUGCGUCACAGCCCUGUCUGAACAGAGGCGUCUGCCACGAUCACGUGGGUCGCUACAGCUGCGCAUGCGCGCCAGGCUACACCGGCGAUCGCUGCGAAACAGACGUUGACGAGUGUGCGAGCGAUCCGUGCCGCAAUGGCGCCACCUGCCGGGACCUGGUGAACCGUCACGUGUGCGACUGCCGACCAGGAUUUACGGGUGAAACUUGUGAGACGGAUAUCGACGAGUGUGCGUCCAACCCUUGCCGCAAUGGCGCCCUCUGUCGUGAUCAUAUCAGCGCCUACUCCUGCUCGUGCCUACCGGGCUACACUGGCGCCAUCUGUGAAACAGACAUCGAUGAAUGCAUAUCAGCACCCUGCAUGAAUCAGGGGUCCUGUGUGGAUCUCGUUAACUUAUACACCUGCUCCUGUCAGCCAGGGUAUACUGGCCUUAAUUGUGAAAUUGACGUGGACGAGUGUGCGUCCACACCGUGCGAUCACAACGCCACCUGUGUCGACCACGUGAACCACUACACGUGCGACUGCAUGCCGGGAUACGUCGGUGACAACUGCGAGACAGACUUUGACGAGUGUGUAUCCGAUCCUUGUCUCAGUGGCGCCACCUGCAUCGACCUUGUUAAUCAUUAUACGUGCUCCUGCGGGGACGGGUACACUGGAUACAACUGUGAAACGGAUCGUGAAAUAGAUAGUAUAGAAUGCGCUUCCAACCCAUGCAUGAACGAUGCUUGGUGCAAGGACCAGAUCGAUGCCUACACCUGUGUUUGCCAGCCGGGCUUCACCGGAGAUCACUGUGAAACAGAUAUCAACGAGUGUGCUUCCAAUCCGUGUCUCAACAUCGCCACAUGUGUUGAUGACGUGAACUACUACACCUGCCGUUGUACGCCAGGCUAUUCAGGAACCAACUGCGAAAUUGAUGUAGAUGAAUGCAUAUCAUGGCCCUGUCUACACAAUGCUACCUGCGUUGACCAUGUCAAUUAUUAUAAGUGCAUUUGUAUACAAGGCUACACGGGCAUUAAUUGUGAAACAGACGUUGACGAAUGCGAGUACGCGCCAUGUCAAAACAACGGAACGUGCACGGAUCUCGUCAACAAUUUCACGUGUAGCUGCUUAGCUGGGUAUACGGGUUACAUCUGCGAAACAGAUAUCGAUGAUUGCGCUGCCUCGCCCUGCCGUAACGGAGCCACGUGCAGGGACGGCGUAGACGCCUACACCUGCAGCUGUGCGGAGGGCUACACCGGAAGCAACUGUGAGACAGAUAUCGACGAAUGCCAGACGCGUCCUUGUCACCACGGCGGCACGUGCGUGGAUCUCGUCAACCGCUUCGUGUGCGACUGUCUACCUGGCUUCACCGGAGUCGUCUGCGAGACAGACAUCCAGGAGUGCGAGUCGAACCCGUGCUACAACAACGCCACCUGCCGCGAUCGAGUGGAUUCUUACGUCUGCGAGUGCGUGCCUGGUUACACGGGCCACGAUUGCGACGCAGAGAUAUACGAGUGUGCCUCCAGCCCGUGCGUUCACGGCGGCCUAUGCACGGACUAUGUCAACGACUAUGAGUGCGAAUGCCGCAGCGGGUUCCAGGGGAAGAACUGUGAAAUAGUGAAGCCAACUGUGCCGUCAGUAGAGGAGAAAAUCAAGGAAGUGCUGGCGGAAGUCGGCGUUGCCGUGGCGACGAGGUCGGGCUGCUUCGUUCUGAUUGGCACGAUCGGAGCGACGGUGGCGCUAUUCGCAGCCUUCAGGAACUUCUCUCCGGAGAGGCUGCUUCAGAUGAAUUUUGAGCUCUCGCAAGUCAUCGUUCAUCUGCUCGUCUUGUUUGCCGUUAAUAGAACGGAACAUCUGGUCAUCUGUAAGGUGGUAGCCGUAGCCAUGCAUUACCUGUACACAGUCUCGUUCACUUGGCUGUUCCUCGACUCUCUACAUAUCUACAGUCUGAUGGCUAGAGUGGUGCCGAAGAACGGCAUGCUAAGGAGAUGGCACAACAUGGUAUUAGGAUGGGCGAUGUUUGUUCAGCCGCGCUGGCGGUGCGUUGUUGUUGCAGGCGCUCCCGCCGUCAUUGUUACAUUCUCCGUCAGCUGCCUUCACGACGAGUACGGCGGCGGUUCCACUUGUUGGAUGGACCUCAGUGGGGCCAUGGCAGUGACGGUGUUCUACCCUAACCUCGCCAUCAUCUGCAUCACCAUCGUGAUCCUAGAGUCUGCGGGCACCACCAAGUUCCCUGUGCUUCCACAUACCAACACGGACGAGGUCAACAGCGCAACGUAG